AGUACUGUGUGUGUGUGUGUGUGUGUGUGUGUGUGUGUGUGUGUGUGUGUGUGUGUGUGUGUGUGUGUGUGUGUGCGUGCAGCCAGCAGCUCCUCCAGCACAGUUUUCUGCAGUAUGGUCACUUCAACAGGACGAGCUGCAAAAUCUGGAGGUGAAAAAGAAAGCUGAGGAAUUCCUGCGCAUGCUGGAAGCUAAAGAUUGGGUCAAACCUUCCGGCGAAUCGGGAGACAAAGUCACGAGGCGGCAGAAUGCAGACGCCGAAGCCGAGAGACAUGGGUCGGAGAAGCACUCGAGAGGGCGGAGCCGGAGUAAGAGCAGGAGCCGGAGUCAAGGGAGGAGCCUGGGGCGGAGUCGAGGAAAGAGCAGAGCUCGCAGUCGGGGAAGGAGCCGAGCUCGGAGCAGGAGCAGGAGUCGGGGUAAAAGCCGCACCAGAGCAAAGAGCCGGCCUCGCAGUCGUAGCCGCAGCCGGGGGCGGAGCUUAGCCAGGAGUAAAAGCCAGCCUCGGUUCCAUAAAGAAUCUCAGCGCAGCAUUAAAGACACAGCAACUCCAUCUGUUAGUAGAGUACCUGACCUCUUCCAGAACCUGAAACAGGUCCUACAGAGCAAAGAGCUGGAGAAUCACCUCACUGUGGUGAAGAACACCUUCAACCAGACCCAUGAAGACAUGAGGCUGAAGCAGGAAGCUGCACCUUCACAGAAAUUUCCAGACUUUCUGAAGAAGUCCUGCGACCCCGAGCGAGCCGGUUACUCCAACCCAAACUCCGUACUUCCUCACGAGAGAGUGUCCGGAAAUGACAGCACCUUAAAUUGGAUCUUACCCUGGAACGAUCCGGGACAAAAGAUGGGAACUUUCCCGAAUAAAUGCGUCUUCUCCAGCAUCGAGGACGAGGAGGAGUUCCUCUACGGAGAAGAUGACGGGAGGAAGAAGCCCCAAGCCGUCACCGUCCCGCUCGCUCAAACCAGACAUGCUGAAAAUCCGAUCUCGUCUCCAUGUAUCUCCAAACCUCCCGUCCUCCAGGAGCCCAGGGGACAGAGCGUGAUCCCCAGACAACGCUUGACCCCAGACGUCUCAGCAGAGGAGUGCGAGAAGGUGAAGAACCUGCUGAAGACCAUCGGGUUGAACCUGAACCAGUCCGACAUCAGCAAGAUGGUCACCAGACUGAAGCAGAAGCAAGAGGAGCAGAGAGGCGUGAGCUCGAAACAGACUCUCAGAGCGACACUGGAGACACUGCUGAACCGCAAUAAAGUGCAGAAGUCUGAGGACAGUCGGAGUAAUCGAUCUGAAAGCAGCCAUUCAUGUCGAGAGUCUGACCACAGAGAGCAGAGUGAGGAGAUGGAGAGAGAGAAGGAGAAGGAGCGGAGAGAGAAACAGAUCCAGAAGAAGAGGAAGGAGUACCUGGUGAAGGAGCUGGAGGAUCUGCUGAAGCAUGAAGGUUCAGGUGAUCUGAUCCCCGUCAUCGGUUUCUUCUGUCAGCGCUGCGAGGAGUUCCUCGGGGACCUGAGCAGUGCUGAGGGACACAAACACACCAACACACACCAGGAUCAGCAGCUCGAAGACAAGAAGAGGCACCGAGACCAGGAGAUUAACACGGAGAGGAAAAGACCGAGAGAAGACGCUCACAGCCCUCACGGGACCAAGGACGAGUCCAGAGUCCAGGAGACGAAAGACAGGAACGAUGACGACGGCCAGUCGAGUAAGAGCGGCAAAAAGAAGAAAAAGAAAGAGAAAAAGAAGAAGGAAAAAAAGAAAGAGAAGAAGAAAAAGUCUAAGAAGAAUUAGCGUGUGUCUCUCCUGACCGUGUCAGGGCCGACAUAUUAACUCGUCAUACUGGACAAACGUAACGCUUACAAAAGGGUGCCAAAACUUAUUGUCUUUGAUGAAAAGAAACUGUUUUGUCAUCACUGCAAAUAAAGCAGCUUUAGUGUUAAA